GGGCCGGUUAGCGCAGCCGGAGCGAGGGCCGGAACCGGAGCCGGAGCCGGAGCCGGAGACGCGGUCGCUGUGGAGCGGGGUGCGCGGCGGGUCCGGAGGCGAGCGUCGGCCGAGGUUUGCCUACGGAUCUUGAGCAUCUGCGGUUGGUCUGAAUUUAAGCACCCCUGCUGCUCCCUUACCCUUUGGCGAGAUGUCUGUCACUUACGAUGAUUCCGUUGGAGUGGAGGUGUCCAGCGACAGCUUCUGGGAGGUCGGGAACUAUAAGCGGACGGUGAAGCGGAUCGACGACGGCCACCGCCUGUGCAGCGACCUCAUGAACUGCCUGCAUGAGCGGGCGCGCAUCGAGAAGGCGUACGCACAGCAGCUCACCGAGUGGGCCCGGCGCUGGCGGCAGCUCGUGGAGAAGGGGCCCCAGUACGGGACAGUGGAGAAGGCCUGGGUGGCUGUCAUGUCCGAGGCGGAGAAGGUGAGCGAGCUGCACCUGGAUGUGAAGGCCUCGCUGAUGAACGGGGACUUUGAGAAGAUCAAGAACUGGCAGAAGGAGGCCUUCCACAAGCAGAUGAUGGGAGGCUUCAAGGAGACCAAAGAGGCUGAGGACGGCUUUCGGAAGGCCCAGAAGCCCUGGGCCAAAAAGCUGAAAGAGGUAGAAGCAGCAAAGAAAGCCUACCACACAGCAUGCAAAGAGGAGAAGCUGGCGAUAUCACGAGAAAACAAUAGCAAAGUGGACCCAUCCCUCAACCCUGAACAGCUUAAGAAAUUGCAAGACAAAGUAGAAAAAUGCAAGCAAGAUGUUCUUAAGACCAAAGAAAAGUACGAGAAGUCCCUGAAGGAGCUGGACCAGGGCACCCCCCAGUACAUGGAGAACAUGGAGCAGGUGUUCGAGCAGUGCCAGCAGUUUGAGGAGAAGCGCCUCCGCUUCUUCCGGGAAGUCCUGCUGGAGGUUCAGAAGCACCUGGACCUGUCGAAUGUGGCCGACUACAAAAACAUUUACCGCGACCUGGAGCAGAACAUCAAAGCGGCUGAUGCCGUGGAGGACCUAAGGUGGUUCAGAGCCAACCACGGGCCGGGCAUGUCCAUGAACUGGCCGCAGUUUGAGGAGUGGUCUGCAGACAUGAAUCGAACGCUCAGCCGGAGGGAGAAGAAGAAGACCACGGACGGCGUCACCCUGACGGGCAUCAACCAGACAGGCGACCAGGCCCUGCAGAACAAGCCCAGCAGCGAUCUUAGUGUCCCGAGCAACCCCACACGGUCAGCGCAGUCACUGUCCAGCUACAACCCCUUCGAGGACGAGGACGACACGGGGAGCACCGUCAGUGAGAAGGAGGACAUUAAGCCCAAAAACGUGAGCAGCUACGAGAAGACACAGAGCUACCCCACCGACUGGUCCGACGACGAGUCAAACAACCCGUUCUCCUCCACGGACGCCAACGGGGACUCCAACCCGUUUGACGAGGACGCCACCUCGGGGAUGGAAGUGCGGGUCCGGGCCCUUUACGACUACGAGGGGCAGGAGCACGACGAACUGAGCUUCAAAGCUGGGGACGAGCUGACCAAGAUAGAGGACGAGGAUGAGCAGGGCUGGUGCAAGGGACGCUUGGACAGUGGCCAGCUGGCCGUGGGGCGGCCACUCCUGUUCCUGCAAAAGACGAUGGUUCCACUGCUCUUGGCUUCAUGGUGUCUCUUGGAGACAGAUGAGCCAGUCAUUUCACCUGGGACUGGGCAGCCUUUCCACGGUGCGGGUGGAGAGAUGUGAGCACAGGAAGACGCAGAACAACAGAUGCCGCCGGCCCUUGCCUGCUCCCCCGCCCCGUGUGCGUGUGGCUUAUCAUGGAUCUGUGCGUCCCUGACCCUGCCUGUCUGCCUCGCCUCCGUGUCAAGGGUGGGUCACCCCCAUUCUUGUCCCACUGGUUCCUUUCUCUGAUGCGCUCAUCACCUUCAAUUUAAAUGAACAAAUGUACGUGCCAUUUUCUGAGGUUUUUAAUUUAAAGGCUGUGUGCGGCUGUACCUUUUUAUCACCUGUUCGUCCAUUCAUUCAUGCUUAAAUUAUGACACAGAUUGAUGUACGCCAGGCUGCAAGAUGCAGUGCCUCUGUUUGCGUGGCGGGCUGUUCCUCGUCCAUGCCCCUGCCUGCGGCAUCCGCAGGGCUUAGCUCGUGUAGACGGGAUGUUCGAGGCAAGAGGUCGCAGUAGAGGGGGGAACACGUUAUGGUUGGGUUUCUACUGUGAAUGUGUGGGUUUUGGAAAUAACCUUAGACUCCCCAAAGUUACCAUAUUUAAAAACUAGUUCACUCUCUUCAUGCUUACAGCCUGAUGCUUGCAAAUUGAUAAUUCUCUCAGUGAGUGGAAAAUUAAACCUGAAAAGACUAGCUUUUCAGGGGAAGGCACCUGUAGAUUAAGAUGCUUUAUGUUAGUUAGACCAUCAUGACCUGGUAUAUAUCUGUAUAUAUUAUUUGAUAUUCAGAGAAUCUAAAGAGCUUGUCUACUGUUUUCAUGAGAUUUGAAAGGCUCUUGACAGUGGAUUUAAUUUGUAAACUGCUUGAAGACCGUGGCAUUCGGGCCCAUGUCUAGAUGGUGGGCUGGGUGGGCCUCCCCCAAGCUCGGGACGUGGGCUGGGCGUUUGGAGAGGACGCUGCCGGAGGGAAGCCUGCCGCCCCCCCCCACCCCCCCGCCCGCUGCGGGCCCGCCGGCUCCCUGGCCACCGUGCGCCCCGUGGCCGGGCGCUAUAAAACCCCCAGGCCUUCCCGGCAGCUGUGGACUCAGGUCACCUGUACUCCUCGAGAGCAAACGAAAGCUUGGGCUCACCCCAUAGCACAAGGGUCUCUUCUGAGUUUCCUUGGUCAUCAGGGAGCAGACGUGCUGCGGCAGGAAGCUACACUGUAAUCACGGGGCGGGAGGGGAGGGAGAACUUCUAUUUUGUGUAACUCAGACGUUGCAGAAUGGCCACCGCCGUCACAAGCUAUGCAUCACUCAGUGUCCCAGUGAGCUCUGCGUCUUGCUUGGACCAUGGAUUGUGUAUGUGUUUAUCUUGAAGACUUACCAGCAGAAAUCCUCAUUCCUUUGCUACAGAUUACCAAAAAUUGUCAAGUCUUUCCAGUUCGGGAGUUUCUUUAUGGUGUCUUAGGGAAAAGUCAAUAAACAGUCG